AUGUCCACCGAACAGUCCUGCCAAGUUUAUUUCCAUCAUCAAGCUAAUGUAAGACCAAUUGAGCCAAGGCAAUCUAGCUCCCAUGUGAAGCAGUCCAAAAAUCUGGAGGAGAUGCUAGUACAACUGUGUGAGUUUGGAAGGGUGGAUACGGUGGGGUCGAACAUGGAUAUUGUGGCCAAUUCAUGUGAAAGCUUGGUGGAUCAGUUCCUGCAGGAAAGGGAGCCAACUGCUCUGGCAGAGGGCAGAAUCACAGCUGUAAUAGAUCCACAUGACAACUUGAUGAAUUGGUUCCUGAAUGAAUGGGAACCAACUGCUCCCCCAGUGGAUGGUAUGAACAUGGAUCUACUCAAGCAAUUGCUGAAUGUGUGGGAACCAGUGGCACUGCCAGUCAUGCCCAAGAAAUUAAACAGGAUGGACAGGUCUUCAACACCUGCACAAGAUGUUACUAUGCAGGUCGAUUUUCUGGAAGACUUGCAGAAUGUGCAGGAACCAUCUCCUCUGCCUAUCACCUGCAAAUCAUCAUAUCUGAGGGACCAAUCUCCUCAACCUGAUUCUCUGACUAACCUGCUUGCUCAAUUGCAGGAUAUGAGGGAACCAACACCUCCCCCACUCAUUUCAAAUGUGCCCAUCAAAUCUUUUGACUUGGCAGCAGAUGAGGACAAUGGCACAAACCAUUUGACUUUUGGCAUGCCUGAACAAUCAGAGAUGAGGGAUCUUUUUGAGGAAAUAUGCAAUGUAUCUCACUAUUGUGGAAACACCACUCCCAGUGACAUGCCGUUUGAUCCCACCCUCGAUAGGCACCUUGUGCAGGCUGUGAAUGCCAUUGCGAGAGAAUUGGGCACAGCUGCAAGGGACCAGUAUGCCAUUCAUCACCAGCCAAUCACACCCAUCUUGCCAGUCUGUGGUAGAGAUGGGUAUCCUCUACUUGGCAUUCUGGAUCGAGGUGGCCUCUGUACAUCUGAAGCAGACUGCCCAUAUCAUGGGAUGGCUGUGCAUUGGUUUGCAAACCUAGCAAUGGACUUGAAUCAGCUUAAUAGCUUGAUUCUGGUGACAGUGUUGCAUGCCAGUUAUACUCCUCCCCUCCCAGCAUGCUACCAUGUGUACCUCAGACACCAAGAUGAUGAGCUAAUUCCCCUUAGUGCAUUUAGCAUAAUCGACAAUAUCAGCACCAUCAUCCCACAUUGGACCCCACAUGCAGCUGAUCCCAAUUCUGGCUUUGCAUUCCCUUGGUGGCUAUAUCAUUCAGAGGAAUAUGCAGUGGAUUCCCAAAGAUUGCAAGGCAAGGGAUUGUUUUCCAUGGCCUGGGAUUUUUUUAAGUUGAUGAUGGCCCAGGGCUUAUGGCCAUUGCCUGAGGUGCAAUCACAGACUGUCUCAAUGGACAUAUUGAGGAGCAGGUGGUGCACAUUGUGUGGGUUGUUGGGCAUGCUGCUUCAAUAG